AUGUUUAUCCCAGCCCCCGCAGCUCUCAGAUAUGCCGUCAUAUUCGCUCUUUUGGCGCAGGCGCAGGCGCACGCCGCUGCACCAGCACAACACCAAAAAUGCCCGUCCUCGACUCCCGUGGCGCUGAGACAGGACGCCGCGAGCGCCGAGGGGGCGUGCAGGUUGCCCGUGGACGACGAAGCGGGGCCGCUGCCGCUGAGCUGGUCGCCGUGGACGCACCGGCCGGACUGUAUCUACGGGCGCAGCGGCGCUGGAACCAAGUACUGCGCCUUCAGCAACUCACGGCACGGCGCGCGGGGCGUGAGCAUCGUGACGACGCCCGAGACGGCGGCCGACGUGCUCGGCAUGCUCGACCAGCACGUGGGCACCACGGAGCCCCUGGCGGACAAUAGCAGCACCACGGGGCGGCAGCGGCAGGCGGCGUUCCGCAUCGUCGACGUGCCGGGCAAAGGCAAGGGCGUGGUGGCGGCGCGGCGCAUCGCGCAGCACGACGAGGUCAUGCUCGACUACGCGGCGCUGCUAGUCCACAUGGCGUUUGCCACCGACGUGCCGGCGUGGACAGGGUACCGCGUGCUGCACACUGCCGCGGCGCAGCUCGCGGACCCGGCCAGCGUGCUCGGCCUCGGCCAGAGCAGCGGCCAGGCGGCCGACCCGCUCGAGAACGUGCUGCGCACUAAUGCCUUCCACACGAGCCUCGGCGGGCAGCCGCACAUGGCUCUGUAUCCGCUUGUUUCGCGGAUAAACCACGCGUGCAAACCAAACGCCUACACGCGCUUCAUCCCGCAGAGCAUCCAGGUCAGCGUGGGCGCGGCGCGGGACAUUGAGGCCGGGGAGGAGAUCACCAUCAGCUACAUCACGCUGGGGCAGACAUCCGCCGAGAGGCACAAGGCGCUGCAGCAGUGGGGGUUCAACUGCACGUGUGCUCUGUGCACGGCGGGGGCGGACGUUGUCGCGGCGUCGGACGCGCGGCGGCGGCAGGUGGACGCGCUGCGCGGGCAAGCCGUCGAGGCGUUCCAGCGAGGGAAGCCGUACGAGGCGCUGCGGCUAACGCGACAAGUACUGGGGCUGCUGCCGGCCGAAGAGCUGUUCCCGCUGUACAGCGAGCAGUACGAGAAUAUAGCGCGCAUCUACUGGGUGCUGCAGGAUAUGGAACGCGCCGAGGAGAACGCGCGCCUCUCGCUCGACGUGCUGGCGCGCCAGGGGUACAUCGACAGCGUCACGCCGGGCCACCUCGACAUGCUGUGGCGCCAGUUUGAGCGGGAGAGGACCGAGGAGCAGUAG